UAGAAACCCUGUCUUGAAAGACCAAAAAAAAAGUAGUUUUUGUUUUCUUUUGUUUUGUUUAGUGUAGGUGCAAUGCUUAUGUAUGAAGUUCUUUAAAGUAAUAGUAAUAACAAGUUCCACGACUGCUAGCCAAAGCUCCAUUAAAAAAAAAUUUUACUCUACAGUAGCCCAGGCUAACCUCAUCCUUGUAUUGAUCCUCCUGCCUCACAGUGAGCUACCAAUCUCACUUCCCAGCCUUCCCUCCCUCCCUAUAGAGAUCUGUGUGUUCAGGCUUGCCUGGAACUCACUGUGUAGCCCAGGCUGGCCUUCAGCUGAUGACGGUUCCCUUCCUUGACCUCAGGGUCCUGGGGUUCUGGAGUUAAGCCACCACAUCAGGCUCUUUCAUCUUUAGAAAAAUGUGUCAACUUAAAGGAAGCUUCUGAUUGUAGUGAGAAAAUAGAGGUGAAAGAGAUGCUAGGAACGGCUUUUGCUUGCUGAGUCAGAAAAAGCAAGUGAAUUGAUUAGAAGUCACAAUACCGUAAAUAGAGCAACAGGUCUACUGGUAGAGAAGGGAAAAUACCAAGAUGGGACUCAGCCUAGAGUUAUGGCUCAAUGGGAGCUGACGUCAGGAUAGGAGUGCAAAAAAAAAAAAAAAAGGUAACCCUUUAACGAAUACCUUUCUUUUUUCUCUCCCCAUCGCCAAGUCAAAUAAUGGCCGAGACAAGUCUAAUAGAGGCUGGAGCCUCUGCAGCCUCCACAGCUGCCGCCCUGGAGAAUCUGCAAGUGGAGGCAAGUUGUUCUGUGUGCCUGGAGUAUCUGAAGGAGCCAGUUAUCAUCGAAUGUGGGCACAACUUCUGCAAAGCGUGCAUUACCCGCUGGUGGGAGGACCUAGAGCGGGACUUUCCUUGCCCGGUCUGUCGGAAGACAUCGCGAUACCGAAGCCUCCGGCCCAAUCGACAACUGGGCAGCAUGGUGGAAAUCGCCAAGCAGCUCCAGGCAGUCAAGCGGAAGAUCAGGGAUGAGAGCCUCUGCUCCCAGCACCAUGAGGCCCUGAGCCUCUUCUGCUAUGAAGACCAGGAGGCUGUCUGUUUGAUAUGUGCCAUUUCCCAUACCCACCGGGCCCAUACCGUUGUGCCACUGGAUGAUGCUACACAGGAGUAUAAGGAGAAACUGCAGAAGUGCCUGGAGCCCCUGGAACAGAAGCUGCAGGAGAUCACUUCCUGCAAAACCUCCGAAGAAAAGAAACCAGGGGAGCUCAAGAGACUAGUGGAGAGCCGCCGACAACAAAUCCUGAAGGAAUUUGAAGAGCUGCACAGGAGGCUGGAUGAAGAGCAGCAGGCACUCUUUUCCCAGCUGGAAGAAGAGGAGCAGGACAUUCUACAGAGACUUCGAGAAAAUGCUGCUCACCUUGGGGGCAAGCGUCGGGACGUGGCCCACUUAGCUGCUGAGGUGGAGGGCAAGUGCUUACAGUCGGGCUUCGAGAUGCUUAAGGAUGUGAAAAGUACCCUGGAAAAAUGUGAGAAGGUGAAGACCAUGGAGGUGACUUCAGUAUCUAUAGAGCUGGAAAAGAACUUCAGCAAUUUCCCCCGGCAGUACUUUGCCCUAAGGAAAAUCCUUAAGCAGCUAAUUGCGGAUGUGACCCUGGACCCUGAGACCGCGCAUCCUAACCUCGUCCUGUCAGAGGAUCGGAAGAGCGUCAAGUUUGUGGAGACCAGACUCCGAGACCUCCCUGACACGCCCCAGCGUUUCACUUUCUACCCUUGUGUCUUGGCUACUGAAGGCUUCACCUCUGGUCGACACUACUGGGAGGUGGAGGCUGCACACUGCGUCCUCUCGCAGAACCCAGAGAACCAGGCACUGGCGAGGUUUUACUGCCAUACGGAGAAGACGAUCGCGAAGCGGCUGGUCCUGCGGCAGGACCCCUCGGUGAAGAGGACGCUCUGUCGAGGCUGCUCCUCUCUCCUCAUCCCGGGCCUCACCUGCACCCAGCGCCAGAGACGUCUGAAGGGACAGCGCUGGACGGUACAGACCUGCCUGACGUGCCAGCGUAGCCAGCGGUUCCUCAAUGACCCCAAGCAUCUGCUCUGGGGUGACCGACCUGAAGCCCAGCUGGAAAAUCAGGCAGAUUUCAGACCGUCAGAGCCCCUGCCAAGCACAGCCCACCUCCCUAAGGAGAACAUGCAGCCUCAGGCUUCAAACACCAAUGACUAAUUCACUCCAUUUCCCAGAUAAAUAAAAAUUUAGGUUUGUUUGA